AUGGUCUCAGAAAUUGUGGUUACCCACUGUGACCGACUCUGCAGAUUUGCAUUUGACCUCAUUGAAUAUAUGUUCUCAUUACACUCUAUGAAACUCAUGGUUCUCUUCGACGAACCAAGUUCUGAUGAGCAUGUAUUAUCGCAAGAUAUCCUUGCAAUCAACACCAUCUUUAUCUGUCGAAUACAGAGAAGAAGAGCUAAAUACAAAAGCGAACGAAAACCAAUGGAAAAUAAAAACAAUAAAAACACGAAGCAAAAAAAAAUGAAAAAUCAAAACUACUGUGAAUUGAACGUUAUCAAUCAAAACAUAUCCGAAUCAUUCUCAGAAAAAGACAUUGAAGAGAUGGCUAGUUCUAAAAAUUUUGAAUGGAUAAAACUUCAUACACUUAACGAAAAACUUAAAUUAUACAUAGAUGUAAAAGAAGGAAAAGAUUUUAAUGAAAAAGAUAAAAAAUUACAGAGAUCAUGUGUAUGGGGAGAACGCAAAUUUCUUCGAACAGUUGUAUGGUUAGAAUUACGUGUUAAAGGUUUACAUGAUAAAGUACCUGCAAAUAUAAUUGAUGAAUGUAUUGAUGAAGCUUUGAUAGCUAGAAAAAAUAUAAUACAAAAAAAUUUAAAAGAAACUAAAAAAUCAUCAUUAUCAUUUAAAUCUAAGAACGAUUUAUGA